AGUCCGACUACGACAGCAAAAAGAAAAGUGAAAAUCAGUCGUGAAAAAUCGAAUUUCAGGAAAAUUGUCGCGAAUCGCGCUUAGUUUCGGUAGUUUUCAGUGCUUCAAAGGGAAUUUCACCUGCGAUAGAUGUGCAUGUGGUAAGCGAACGACCGGUUGAAGAAUGAAGUCCCUAGCAUCCGUCGCGUUGUGGACGGUGCUGCUGCUAUUGUUUACAGUGUGUUCCGAUGGCCGACGACAUCAUCUGGAAGUGCGGGACGACAUACGGAGAUACAUCCCGCUGAGCACGUUUGGAUUUUAUCCGGGAGGAAUUUUGGAUGUCAAACUUUCCAACUUUCUGGUCAUUCCUCACUCGGAAUACAACAUUUAUGGACUUUCGUUGGAUAAAACCCUUUCGGAUGCGAUGAAUCCGUAUCUGGACACCCAUCAGGACAACUGCAUUCUACAGGAGCCGAUAAGUUCCCUGCGAAGUGGACCGAUUUUGUUCUUCAUCAUGGAUUUGAGGCGAGAGGUCGUUUAUCUGAAUUGCUCGAGCGAAUGGCAAAAUACGCACAUUUAUAAGGAUGCCAGUCAUAUUCCACCAAUGCGAGGAAAGCGGCAGUCGUUUGCCACGGUUAGCGACUCCAAGUCGAUGUACAUGCAACGCCGGAAACGAGCAGUAAAUGACCUGGUUUCUGUGUGUCGCAACUAUAAUCUAACUCUGACUUGCACGAAAAAUGAUCUUCCCUUCAAAGUUUGCAGUUUCACAUUCGCCAUGGAAGUCUCCAAUAAAGCCGACGAAGGACUGUACAAUCUGUACUUCCACAGUUGUCCCAACUACGACAUGGCCACCUACUACUCGCUACAGUUCGAUGUCGACAUCGAGGAAAAGAACGGCCAAAAUUACCUCUCGGCCGGUGAGAUGCCCCUGCCGGCGUUGUACUUCAUGAUGUCGCUGCUGUUCUUCCUGUCCGGUCUGUUCUGGGUGUUCAUUCUGAAGAAGAGCAAACACCCGGUGUUCAAGAUUCACUACCUGAUGGCGGUGCUGGUGUUUUUGAAAUCGCUCUCGUUGCUCUUCCACGGGAUCAACUACCAUUUCAUUCAGACCAAGGGCGAACACGUCGAGGCGUGGGCCAUUCUCUACUAUAUUACUCAUUUACUGAAAGGUGCGGUCCUGUUCAUUACGAUCGUCCUGAUUGGUACCGGAUGGACCUUCAUCAAGCACAUCUUGGCCGACAAGGACAAAAAGUUGUUCAUGAUCGUGAUUCCGCUGCAGGUGUUGGCCAACGUGGCGGAGAUUAUAAUCGCCGAGAGCGAAGAGGGCGACAAAGAGCACAGCACGUGGCGGGACAUUUUCAUACUGGUUGAUCUGCUGUGCUGCGGGGCGAUUCUGUUCCCGGUGGUGUGGUCCAUCCGGCACUUGCAGGAAGCGGCCGGAACGGACGGGAAGGCGGCCAUCAAUCUGCGGAAGCUCAAGCUGUUCCGCCAGUUCUACAUCAUGAUCGUGUGCUACAUCUACUUUACGAGGAUUAUCGUGUAUUUGCUGAAGAUUACCGUUGCGUUCCAGUACGCCUGGCUGGACGAGAUGUUCAAAGAGAUGGCCACGUACGUGUUCUUCGUCCUCACCGGGUACAAGUUCCGUCCGGUGUCGCAGAAUCCGUACUUCUCGAUGCACGCCGACGACGAUGACGAUGAUGACGAAGUUGAAAUUCUCACCCAAACCGGUCUAACCGAGGGCAUCAGCAAAGUAACAAAUCGUUCACAACUACCGGGUGGCACCAUGGUGCACGACGCGAACGACGAGGAACGGGAAAAUUUGAUCAGCAAACGGGAAUCGUCCCACGAGUAUGACUAGGAUGUUUCUUUCUUUUCCCUUUUUGUAAUUAUUUAUUAGUCGUAACUAUUACAAUUACCGAUAAUAUUAAUCAACAUCUACUACUUACCAAACUGCCCGUGGGCGUGAAGCAAAAGAGUAAACUACAUUAUAGCUGCAAAACCGAAUCUGCUCACCGCAAUUUACGCGUUAUGAACUUUGAUUUGAUGCGAUUGAAGUUUGUUUACUCACCCAAGUGAGGUUUAUAGUUUUUCCAACAAGGAGCUUCUUCUGUGAUCUUGCGUUUUUUUUAUACAAUAUUGUGGAGCUCAGUGCGGUGUGUAGAUUAGAUUGACUUUUUUUUAACUAUCCUUAUGUCGUGUUUCCGACGAGAGUACAUACUGAUAACCUGUAGUUUUAGGAUGUGACCAAAAACAGCAAAAAUGAUAAGAACGGUAGUUUUUUGAUAAAUUUCCUAUUCACUCUAAUGAAACCAGUAGAGACUUUAUAGAACUUUGGCAUUUGCAACAUGAUAGUACGCAUCAUUAAUACGUUAAAUGAAUUACGAAUCAGAAAGAAUCCCCUCUUAUAGAUAGAUAGUACAGCAGACUGCAAGCUCUCCGUGUCAAAAAUGGGCAAUUUUUUGGACCACGUGAGUGAAUGAUGGCAGGUUAUAUUGCAUUAUGUGUAUAAAUUGAACAAUGAAAAUCAAAUGUACCGAAGUUUCACUAAAUAA